AUGGCUUGGAAAGGUGAUGACACCCUCAGAUUAUACCUGGACACCAAGGUCCAAAGAAAUUGGGACAUCCGGAAUGAGAUUCUACCUUCAUUGCCCAAAGAGUUCCCACAUUACAAGUUCAGUGAAUCCAACCUACGCAGAAUGCUCAAACAUUUCGGGAUUAGGAAGACCAGAGAAGCGGACAAAGCCAACCUCAGGGGGUACAUAGAGCUGAUAUUGGCAAGAAGCACUGGUUCCCUAGGAUACCGAGCUGUUGCAGCCAUACUAAGGAAUAAAUAUGAUAUUCGGGUAUCAGAAAAAGCCGUCGAGGACGAACUCUUAGAAAUUGAACCGGAAAAUGUUGCGAGACGUGACCCUGCCAAUAAGCUGAAACACGUACAGAAAGGUGAUUUUUCGGUGAAAGGUCCGAACUAUCUGUAUUCCCUAGACGGACAUGAUAAGCUGGCAGGGCUGUUUGGUGCAACAUUCGACAUUCAUAUAUAUGGGGCAAUGGACACGUUCAGCCGUAAAGUUAUGGUCAUGAAGGUGGCACACACCAACAAAAACCCAAAAAUUGUGGGUAAGAUGUACUUCGACUUUGUGAUGAAAAACAGGUUCAUACCAAGGAGAAUACGGGUGGACAGAGGUACCGAAACAGGAGAAAUUGCUGCUAUCCAGCUUUUUCUCCUUCAGAAGAAUGGUUUCCCCCAAACUCCAAUUGAGGGAGUCAUAUAUGGACCAAGCACAGCCAAUAGAAUAGAACGACUUUGGAGGACACUAAAAGAACACCUCGAACCUAUGUACAAGGAGCAGCUCCGGGAAUUGGCAUCUUCCGGAUAUUACCAGCCCGCUGAUCCGGUUGACAGGAACUUAUUAUCGGCGAUCUAUAUUCCUCAUGUACAACGGUCUCUGGACGAGUUUGUCCAAUACUGGAAUAGCCAUAAGAUACGGGCUCAGAGUAUUGAAAUGCCAUGCGGACGUCCUGAUGUUUUGUUUGACAAUCCUGCUGAACCUUAUCAGGACUGUAGGAUUGUAGUCACAACUGCAGACUUGCUCGAACUUUCUGACCAAUCAGAUAUGAAUAACGUGCAGACAGAAUUGCAAUUACUUCCUGAGGUCGCUGCUGCGUUAAAUAACGUUAAUCUCCUUGAUGAGGCACCACAACGCGCAGAGAGGCAAUAUGUACGUGCACGUUCAAUCAUCACAACAGCAACAACAACUUGAUUAGCUUUUUGUUUUUUGUGGUUGAACUGCUGAAGAUAGGACAUUUUUUACCACAUGAUUUUCUUUCUCAGCUAUAACUCAGAUAUUCUCGGAUAAAACUAAGAUUAUAACUGAUUUUUAACAAUUAUUUCAUAUAAUCUAUUUAUUAAAUAUU